UCUAAGGUGGCCAAAACUACAAGCACUUUAUUUUGCAAGGAAGAAGCUGUACAAAAGCAUGGCUUCUAAACCUGGCAUUCUCACUGAAUGGCCAUGGACAUUUCUUGGAAAUUUCAAGUACUUGGUUUUGGCACCAUUUGUGGGUCACAGCAUAUACACAUACUUUAUGAGCAAAGAUGAAAGCCAGAGGGACAUUAUAUACAUAAUCAUACUCCCACUUCUACUCUCGAGAGUGAUUCACAACCAGAUAUGGAUAUCUCUAUCUCGCUACAGGACUGCUAAGGGUAAUAAUCGAAUUGUUGAUAAAAGCAUAGAAUUUGAUCAAGUUGACAGAGAAAGCAACUGGGAUGAUCAGAUCAUACUUAAUGGGCUGUUAUAUUAUAUCACAUAUCUGAUGCUGGAACAAGCUCAUCACCCGCCUUUGUGGAGAACUGAUGGCAUCAUUAUUAUUGCUUUGCUUCAUAUUGGUCCUGUCGAGUUUCUCUAUUAUUGGCUUCACAGAGCUUUACACCACCAUUUUCUCUACUCUCGUUACCAUUCUCAUCACCACUCUUCCAUUGUUACUGAGCCCAUCACUUCUGUAAUUCAUCCAUUUGCUGAGCACUUAUCAUAUUUCACGCUCUUCGCCAUACCAUUGCUCACUACUAUAUUCACUCGGACUGUCUCUAUAGCUGCAGUUGGUGCUUAUGUCACCUAUAUUGAUUUCAUGAACAACAUGGGGCAUUGCAACUUUGAGCUCAUUCCUAAGUGGAUGUUCUCUAUAUUUCCUCCUCUCAAGUACUUGAUGUAUACGCCCUCGUAUCACUCACUACAUCACACCCAAUUCAGAACAAACUAUUCACUUUUCAUGCCAAUGUAUGACUAUAUCUAUGAUACAGUGGACAAGUCGUCAGACACAUUGUACGAAAAGUCACUUGAGAGGGAAGCUGAAGUGCCUGAUGUGGUGCACCUUACACAUCUAACAACCCCAGAAUCCAUCUACCAUCUUCGACUAGGGUUUGUGUCUCUGGCCUCGAAGCCUCACACCUCUAAGUGGUAUUUCUGGUUAAUAUGGCCCAUCACACUAUGGUCUAUAAUGAUUACUUGGAUUUAUGGUCGCACAUUUAUUGUUGAGAGAAAUUUGUUCAAGAAUCUCAAAUUACAAACUUGGGCUAUCCCAAAGUAUCGCAUACAAUACUUAAUGAAAUCGCAAAGAGAGACUAUUAACAAUUUGAUUGAGGAAGCAAUCAUUGAAGCAGAUCAGAAAGGCAUAAAAAUUUUGAGCCUUGGACUCUUAAACCAGGAAGAGAGGCUGAAUAGCAAUGGUGAACUUUACAUAAGGAGAAAUCCUCAGCUGAAAGUGAAGGUGGUUGAUGGAAGUAGCCUAGCUGCUGCUGUGGUCGUAAAUUCCAUUCCUAAAGGAACUGCCCAAGUUGUCCUUCGAGGCCAUUUAUCCAAAGUUGCUUACUCCAUUGCCUUAACCUUGUACCAAGGAGGAAUUCAGGUUGUCACGUUAGACGAAGAAGAGUACAAGAGACUUAACACAAAGCUAACCCCUGAGGCUGCAACUAAGUUGGUCCUGUCGAAAUCUUAUAAUGUUUCAAAGAUAUGGUUAGUAGGAGACGGAUUGGGUGAAGAUGAACAAUUGAAAGCACCAAAAGGAACAUUAUUCAUUCCUUAUUCACAAUUCCCACCAAAGAAAGCUCGUAAGGAUUGCUUCUACUUCAGCACACCAGCUAUGAUUACUCCAAAACAUCUUGAAAAUGUAGACUCUUGUGAGAAUUGGCUGCCAAGAAGAGUGAUGAGCGCGUGAAGAAUAGCAGGAAUUUUGCACGCGUUGGAAGGUUGGAAAGAGCACGAGUGUGGUAACAUGAUGUUUGAUAUUGACAAAGUAUGGAAAGCUACUCUUGAUCAUGGUUUUUCCCCAUUAACCAUGGCCUCUGCUACUGAAUCCAAGACCUAGAAAUAUAGAUCGUUUUUGAUAUAUGAUCAUAUCUUGGAUCUAUGGUCAAGUAUAUCAGCCAUUUGCAUUAGGUUAUUCUGUCCAGAGCUCGGUAUGUACUAUAUAACAUGUAAUAUGAACCAUUUGGGAGCAUUAGUGAUAGAGCUUCCCUGGAAGAGCAUUGUAUCUUUGCAUUUAGCUAUUUGCCAAUUGAUUUGUUGGAGGAUUUUCCACCUGAA